AUGUUGCAUGACGAGAGCGACUCGUCGGCAGAUGAAUACAACUACACAGAGACAAACGUGCUACUUGGGUAUGCGUCCAAAGAGGCCCAUGAUCCAAUCAGUCAUCUUGGAGGUCAGCCACAAUGGAUAGACCCAGCAAUACCACCACCGGUAAAAUUUGUGCGGUGUGAAGUGUGUCAGGAUUUAAUGGUCUUGCUCCUCCAACUUAAUGCAGAUCUACCCGAAUACUUUCCCGGGCAUGAGCGGCGACUUUAUGUUUGGACCUGUCGACGGAAGACAUGCAAGCGCAAAAAAGGAUCCAUCAGAGUCUUGCGUGGAGUAAGGACUUCGAAAAUCCUCGUACCAGCGGAGCAAGAAAACGUCAAUGCUGACGCCCAGUCCAUAAUGCAAUCGACUCAGGCGGUGACGGAUCUGGGCGAGAAACUCUUUGGAGUUAAUCGAGCUCUUGGACAAACUAGUAACUUGCCUCCUCCGAACCCAUUCACACUCUCAGCCGAUGUGUCUUCCAGUAAUCCGUUUUCAACAACCAAGUGUGAUACAUCUCCUGGUACCCCUAAUACCGUGAUCAAGAGCUAUGAGUCUAUACCUCGUCUAACCAAGAAUUUCGCUGAAUUAUUUUCUACAAGUGAUGAACUCACUAAGCAGGAAUCAUCACCUUCCCCUGAGACCUGGCCUUUAGAUCUAAAUUUUCCUGCCGCCUAUCCAAACUUCUAUCUCGUCGAUGCCGAUUAUGAGACUUUGGAUGCAGUCAAGGAACCCUCAGACAAAAUUCGGGGCUUGGAAUUAGAUGAAGGCGGUCCUAGUUGCAGCAGGGCUGAAGAUGCGAAUGCCUUUGAGAGUACCAUAGAUAAAACAUUCCAGACCUUUGCGGAUCGUUUGGCUCAGAAUCCAGAGCAAGUUAUUAGGUAUGAAUUCGGGGGGCAACCGUUGCUUUACUCGAAGAAGGAUGUUGUCGGAAAGCUUCUAAGUAGCGGAGGAGCGGAACUUGCAAAGGUGUCUCUAGACUCUAGUGUUAGCAACCGAAUCCCAAGGUGUGGAUUGUGCAACACUGAAAGGGUCUUUGAAUUACAGUUGACGCCACAGGCUAUCACCGAGCUAGAGAGGGGGGCUUACAGUAUAGAUGACGGUAUGGAUUGGGGAACCAUUUUGAUAGGAGUUUGUAGAAUAGACUGUAACCCUCACGGAGUACCGAGUGAUGCAGUUGGGUACGUAGAGGAGUGGGUAGGAGUCCAGUGGGAGGAGCUGAGUGAAAGAAAAUAA